UAAAGCUUUUUUCUCCAAGCUGUUUGACAAACCAUCUGCUCUGGACUGAAUUAUUUUUGUGUUUACCUUAUUAUUCUAGUUGAGCUGACAAAACAAAAAAAGUCAAAAUGUCAAAGGCAAUUAAGUACUAUUAUGAUUUUCUGUCGCAGCCAUCCCGCGCCCUAUGGAUUGGAAUGAAAUUGAGCAAGACUCCCUUUGAAGAUUGCCCGGUUGCCCUGCGAAAACAGGAACAAUUGACCGAUGAGUACCGGAAUAUCAAUCGUUUCCAAAAGGUGCCGGCCAUCGUGGAUGGUAAAUUUCAGCUGGGAGAAAGUGUCUCCAUCGUGCGUUAUCUUGCGGACAAGGGAGUCUUCAGUGAGCAGCUGUAUCCCAAGUCCGUGGAGGAUCGUGCCCGUGUGGAUGAAUUCCUAGAGUGGCAGCACUUUAAUGCUCGUCUAGUCUUUGGGACGUUCUUUCGCCAGGUCUGGCUUCUUCCGGGAAAAGGAAUGGCUCCUGCCCCAAAACCCGAGACUGUUAAAAAGCUAAUUAAGGAUGUGGAAGUUAAUUUGGGCCUUUUGGAACGCAUCUGGCUGGAGAAGGACUUCCUGAUUGGAGAUAAACUCACGGUGGCGGAUAUCUUUGGAGCUUCGGAAAUCAAUCAAAUGAAGCUUUGCCAGUACAAUGUGAAUGAGAAGCAAUUCCCCAAAGUGGCCAAGUGGUUGGAACGCGUCCGAGAGACCACUAAUCCCUACCACGAUGAGGCCCAUAGUUUCCUGUAUAAGGUCUCGAAAAAGACUGCCACUGCCAAAAUCACAGAGCAAUUGACCGCCAUGUCCAAGUCAAUUAGAUUCUAUUACGAUUUGUUGUCCCCGACAUCCCGUGGACUCUGGAUGGCUCUAAAAUUGGGCAAUAAGCCUAUUGAAUAUUGCCCCAUUGCCCUCCGAAAAUUAGAGCAAUUGACCGAUGAGUACAAGAAGAUCAAUCGCUUUCAGAAGGUGCCGGCUAUAGUGGAUGGUGACUUCCAUUUGGCCGAAACGAUAGCCAUUAUACGUUAUCUCGCUGACAAAGGUCAGUUCGACGAAAAGCUUUACCCGAAAUCAUUGGAGGCCCGUGCCCGAGUGGACGAGUUCCUGGAGUGGCAACACCUCAAUAUCCGACUGGCCUGCUCCUUGUUCUUCCGCGAUGCCUGGCUGUUUCCUAUCAAUGGGCUGGCACCUAAACCCACACCAGAAAAGAUUCAACAGUUAGUUGAGGGCGUGGAAACCAAUCUGGGUCUGCUGGAGCUCCUCUGGCUGGAGAAGGACUUUCUUGUCGGACAGAAUCUGACGGUGGCUGAUCUCCUGGGCGCUUCGGAAAUCAAUCAACUGAAGAUAUGCCAAUACAAAGUGGAUGAGAAGAAGUUCCCAAAGGUGGCCAAGUGGUUGGAUCGUGUCAAAGAAGCCACAAGUCCCUACCACGACGAGGGAUUAUCAUUUAUCAACCUCAAAGCGAAGCAGGCGACUAUUGCAAAACUGUAAAGACUUGAUUACUUUUAAAGAGUUUAAAUGAGCUACCCAUUUUCUUGACCACCUUAUAUGUUCAUAUUACAAUUUUUAUACCCGUUACUCGUAGAGUAAAAGGGUAUAUUG